AAUUUUAAUGGCGGUGAUCGUACGUCGAUGUGAUUAUUGACUGUCUAUUUCUAUUUUUAUUUUGUAUUUUCUAGUUAAUUGAGUAGAUUUAAUCCUAUUAUUUUUACAUAGGCUGCGGCCAUAUCAUGCUUUUCUAUGUCGGGAUCAGCUAAAACGUCGGUCGUGUUCGAGGAGGGUGGCAAUCAGUGUAGAAAACGUUGUCAUACAAACCUUAGCAACGAGCUGCAGUGCAAAAGAACUAAAAUUGACGAUAUGAGUGCGAGUGAAAAGAAAUCCAAUUUCUCCAUGUUAUCCCCAAACACGAACGGAACAUUAAAAAUGACGGCGUCGUCCAUGAAUAAACCAGGCACGACGACGAAGAAACUAGUUAUAAAAAACUUCAAAAGUAAACCGAACCUUCCAGAAAACUACCAGGAGACGACAUGGAGCAAACUGAGGGAGGCCGUCAUAGCAAUACAAACAUCAAAAGCAAUUGCUUACUCUUUAGAAGAAUUAUAUCAAGCAGUAGAAAAUAUGUGUAGUCACAAGAUGGCUUCACAACUGUAUGUUAGUCUAACAAAUUUAGUAGAAGCUCAUGUUAAAGCUAAUAUAGAACAGUUCUUAUCGGAAAGUAUGGACCGACAAGUGUUUUUGAAACGCAUGGACGACUGCUGGAGAGCACAUUGUCGACAAAUGAUAAUGAUAAGGAGUAUCUUCCUGUAUCUUGACCGGACAUACGUCUUACAAAACCCUAAUAUCCAUUCCAUAUGGGACAUGGGCCUAGAUCUGUUCCGUCAUCACAUAGCCAUGAAUACACUAAUACAGACUCGGACUGUUGAUGGUCUGCUGCUGCUUAUAGAAAGGGAGCGUGGAGGAGACGCUGUAGACAUUUCCUUGCUCAAAAGUCUUCUGAGGAUGCUCUCCGACUUGCAAAUAUACCAAGAUGCCUUUGAACAUAAAUUCCUCCAAGCAACAGACAGACUGUACGCAGCAGAAGGACAGAGACUGAUGCGAGAGCUGGCAGUGCCGCAGUACCUGGCACAUGUGGAGAAAAGACUAAAGGAGGAGCAUGAGCGCCUGCUGCACUACCUGGACCCUUGCACCAAGUGGCAGCUUAUACACACGAUCGAGAAGCAGCUGCUGAGCGAGCAUCUCACGGGUAUCCUGGGUAAGGGUCUGGAGGCGCUGAUGGAUGGGCCCCGGCUGGCUGACCUCAAGACCCUGUACAACCUGUUCAGCCGGGUCACAGACGGACUGAACGAGCUGUGCAACCACUUUAACGCGUAUAUCAAGAAAAAAGGUCGCACUAUAGUGAUCGAGCCGGAGCGGGACAAGACGAUGGUGAGUGAGCUGCUGGAGUUCAAGGAGCAGUUGGAUAACGUGGUGAGCACCUGCUUCCAGCGGAACGACCGCUUCCUCUACUCCAUGAGGGAGGCCUUCGAGCACUUCAUCAACCAGCGGCAGAACAAACCCGCUGAACUUAUAGCAAAAUUCGUUGACUUGAAACUCCGCGCGGGCAACAAGGAAGCUACAGAGGAGGAACUAGAGCGCUUACUGGACAAAAUCAUGGUUCUAUUCAGGUUUAUACACGGCAAGGACGUUUUCGAGGCGUUCUACAAGAAGGACCUAGCUAAGAGGCUGCUUGUUGGGAAAUCUGCUUCUGUUGACGCUGAGAAGUCGAUGCUUAGUAAACUGAAGCAGGAGUGCGGGGGAGGCUUCACGUGUAAGCUUGAGGGAAUGUUCAAAGACAUGGAGCUCUCUAAGGAUAUCAAUAUCACUUAUAAGCAGCAUCUAGCAGCCAGUUCCGAGGGUGGCGGUCUCGAGCUGUCCGUAUACAUCCUGACGAUGGGUUUCUGGCCGACGUACGCGCCGGCUGAGGUGCGCCUGCCGCCCGCACUCACGCGCCACCAGGACCACUUCGCCAAGUUCUACCUCAACAAGCACUCCGGACGGAAGCUGCAGUGGCAGCCCACGUUGGGACACUGCGUGCUUCGAGCGCAUUUCACACAGGGUAACAAGGAGCUGCAGGUGUCGCUAUUCCAGGCGCUGGUGCUGCUGCUGUUCAACGACGGCGACAGCCUCUCCUUCGAACACAUCAAAGCUGCUACCAACAUCGAGGACGGCGAGCUGCGUCGCACGCUGCAGUCGCUGGCGUGCGGCAAGGCGCGCGUGCUGGUGAAGUCGCCGCGCGGGCGCGAGGUGCGCGACGACGACCGCUUCUCCUUCCACGCCGACUUCACCAACAAGCUGUUCCGCAUCAAGAUCAACCAGAUACAGAUGAAGGAGACGAGCGAGGAGCAGAAGGCAACGGAGGAGCGCGUAUUCCAAGACCGGCAGUACCAGAUCGACGCGGCGAUAGUACGCGUCAUGAAGAUGCGGAAAGCGCUCGCACACAACCUGCUCAUCUCCGAGCUCUAUAACCACCUCAAGUUCCCCGUCAAGCCGGCGGACCUCAAGAAGCGCAUAGAGUCCCUCAUCGACCGCGACUACAUGGAGCGAGACAAGGACAACCAGAACCAGUACAACUACGUCGCCUAGAGCCCCGCCCCCCGCCCACCGACACGCCCCUCGCCAACGUCUAAGCAAGAUGCUAUUCAGUUUCCGCAACGGAAUAUAAAAAUAAUGUUAUUAUAUCGCGACGAACUAAAAGUUUUGUUCUGACUGACCAAAACUCGCUAGAACUAGCAAGUGCCAGAUACCGUUUUACACGAGUUGACUGCCUUAACAUUAACUCGAAACUUUUUUCGCUAAUGUUUUUCUGUCUUCGCGUUAGAGGCAGUGAAUCAGUACAGUUGUCGAAAUGGUUUGCAUUCACUCACUUUUUAUGGAGAAUAGAAGCAUUAUAAGCCAAACUUCUGUUGCGGAAAAUCGUUAUAAGGCUGUAUACUUAACUUUUAUAUUGUCCCGAGUGUUGAACUAAGUUAAUCCGUGUUUCUGUUGAAAGUGUAGAUUUUAAUAUUGAUGCAUAAUAUGUAAUAGAUAAAACAAUAACCUUAAAUUAUAAAAAAAAAUACGUUGGAUAAGUGGUUCAAUGUUUCGCCCUUGACAUUUGACUUUUUAGCGUGUUAGAAAAGGAUAGAAACAUGUAAGUUAUCUGCUGUGUAUACUAAUAAAUAAGGGGUACAGUUGAAAGCAAUGGACGGUAGAUCUGGAGAGUAGUAGAGGUUGUGGAGUGAGAAUAGAACAUAACGUGUGAUAUUAGACAAUCUUCCUGUGGGUAAAUAAUUAUCAUACACGACGUCGUUCACAAAGUGCGAAUUUACCGAAAAACGAUACGCGACUCGAGGUAUUAUAUUGAUUGCUUUCUGGACGAUGUCUUAGAAAUUACAUAAACUACAUAAAAUAUCAGCAAACAGCUUUCUUUUUAUUUAUGAAGUUAGUGACAGAUUGAUUUAAAUUAAAUAUUAUUUAACUUUGUAUAUUAAGAAAACUUGAUGUAUUUCUUUUCAUAUAAACUGAACUUGUAUUAUAUGUUUCGCAAGAAUACAAAUUAUUUUUCUUUAAAUUGCUUUUUUUUCUUAUAAACUAAGCCCGGGUGCGCACUAGCGCCCAAACCGCAGCGGCCAGGUCGCGACGGCCAUCGAGAUAGAUACCUUAGUAUAAAACCGCCAUAGACCACGCGCACUUGGCCGCACGGCGGCAAGCGGCCACACCACUUUCGAUGACCGCCGCGACCUGGCCGUUGCGGCCUGGCCGCUAGUGCGGCGCGCCCGGCCUUACUUUAGUUUUAAACUGAAUUGGCCUAUUAAAACAACAUUAAAAUUGUCCAAAACUGUGAUAUGAGUAAAAUUAUUGAGAUUCAAGAAUAUUUUCUCGAGGCUCCAUUAAUAGAAAUAUUACUCCAAUGUCUUGGCGGUAGAGUGCAGCACCGGCACACACUGUAAACAAAAAGUGUUGUUUGACAUUUGACAAAGUUUCUGUCAAUAUUAAUAACAGUAUGUGCUAGUAACGCCCUCUACUACCACCUUUGCGUAAUAUUCCCUAUUUUUAAACGACGUAUUCUUUGCGAUGCGUCGUCACUUCGAAUUUUUGUGUACAAGCCUUAACUAGGCAUUUGCAAGGCAAUCCAAUAAUAUGACCUUUAUACAAAGGCUUGCAUUGUCAGUAAGAUGUGAAUAAAGUCUAAUUCUUAUUAUUUUAUUGGGUUACAUUGACUAUAGAAUCUCGCAAACAUUUCAUUCAGACAAUAAGGGUUAUCAUAAUAACGAUAAUAUGUAUACAAUGCAGGUAGUCAACUUGUUGCUAUGAAAUGUUUCACUGAUUUUCUCUUGCCUAUCAACAUGUCUACAGGAGGGAAUAAAUAAAUGUAUUUAUAGCAAUUUUA